AUGGCUCCGGGAGCGCGCAGCACGGCGACCGGUGGUGCGCUGUGUCCCUCGGACACAGCGGAUCACCGAUCCACGGAAAGAGCCGAAGAUGUCGGCUUAGCCAUGUGAUCAGCUGUGUCCAAUCACAGCUGAUCACAUGUAAACAGGGAAAUGCCGGUUAUCUGCAAUGCUCUCCCCACGAGCUGUCAUGUUGACAGCUCAUCAUCAGACACUGAUGAUCAGUGUGCCCUGAUGAUCUGUGAAGCCCCAGCAGUGCCACCUGUCAGUGUCCAUCAGUGCCAGCUCUCAGUGCUCAUCCAUGCCACCUGCCAGUGCCCAUCAGUGCCACAUUUCAGAGCCCAUCAGUGCCACAUCAAUGCCACAUAUCAGUGCCCAUCUGAGCUGCCUUUCAGUGUCACCCAUCAG